AUCUGCGUGUGCUUUCAGCCGUGAACUUUCAAAAUUUCACGUUUUCACGUUGUCGUUUUGUUAAGUUUCAUAUUGUUAAUUCGUGAUUCAUUUUUCCGCAUUCAUCAGUAAUGGCUGGGAAACUGAAUAAGUUUGAAACUCCCAGCUCCGCGAGCUCCGAUAGUGACACGGAGCUGGCUUUAGAGUUGAACGAGCAAGUAUUCCUGGAUGAAGAGGACUAUUCCCGUGCCCCGGCUUCGCCUACCACAGUACCCAAUGUACGGCCAUACCGACCACCUUCUACAGGUUCUAAUAUAGCAAAGUCGCCGCGUGCUCGCCGCGUACGCACCGCGUCUAUGUCGCAGUCGACGAAGCGCACCGCGGCAGAAAGCAUAUUGCACGCCGACAGACGCACUAUCUACACCGCCGGCCGCCCGCCCUGGUACAACUGCACAGGCGGCCAGGAGGUCGAGCCCUUCCUUAUAGGUAUUUGUGGCGCUAGUGCGUCAGGUAAAACCACAGUUGCCGCCAAAAUUAUCGAAUCUCUAAACAUACCCUGGGUCACCAUUGUCAGUAUGGACUCCUUUUAUAAAGUGCUGAACGAGAAGCAGCACGUGGCUGCGCAACGCAACGAAUACAACUUCGACCAUCCGGAUGCCUUCGACAUGGAGCUGCUGGUGCGCGUGCUGCAGCGCCUGAGGGAGGGCAAGAAGGUCGAAGUGCCCAUUUACAACUACGUCACGCAUUCCAGGGAGAGCCGCACUAAAACGAUGUACGGCGCGAACGUGAUAAUCUUCGAGGGUAUUCUGGCGUUCUACAACGCGGAUGUGGUGCGCAUGCUCGAUAUGAAGGUGUUCGUCGACACGGACGCGGACAUACGCCUCGCCAGGCGCCUCAGACGCAUCGGCCAGCCGCUGCCCGACUCGCUCUACGUGCUCAAGGACACGCCGCAGGUGCAAGGUCUCCACACGUUCAUCCGCAACAAGGACACGUCCCGCGACGAGUUCAUCUUCUACUCCAAGCGGCUGAUGCGGCUCGUCAUAGAGUUCGCGCUCUCGCUGCUGCCCUACUCCCAGCUGGACGUGGACACGCCGCAGGGCUUCGCCUACAGAGGUCGUAAAUGCGACGUGGAGAAGAUCUGCGGCGUGUCGAUACUGCGCGCCGGCGAGACCAUGGAGCAGGCGGUAUGCGACGUCUGCAAGGACAUUCGUAUCGGGAAAAUACUCAUACAGACAAACCAACAGACGGACGAGCCUGAGUUAUAUUAUCUACGACUACCAAAGGAUAUAAAAGAUUAUCGUGUGAUAUUGAUGGACGCGACUGUGGCCACCGGCGCGGCGGCCAUCAUGGCCAUUCGUGUGUUGUUGGACCACGACGUGCCCGAACACAACAUCAGCCUGGUCUCCCUCCUCAUGGCGGAGAUCGGAGUACACUCCAUCGCGUAUGCAUUCCCACAGGUAAAAAUAGUAACAUCGGCACUAGAUCCAGAAAUAAAUGAGAAGUUUUACGUACUGCCCGGGAUCGGUAACUUCGGCGAUCGCUACUUCGGCACGGAGCCACCAUACGACGAGUGAGACGGCGAUAUACUAUAACAAUGAGUGCGAGCGAGACGGAUAGCACGCCAGUGACGUCACAACGGAUUGCUUCGAGCGCUUUUAUCUGUAAGGACUUGUAUUGCUAUCUCUGUCUUUUGUAUAGAGAAUGAAAGAGAUAGGAAUAUAAACAAGUUUUUAACAGUUGAAUUUGAAUCUUUAUGAAGUUUCUUUAGUCAAGUGAUUUUUAAAUCACAUGUAUUUAUUGCCUCAAAGUUUUAGGUGACUUUUAGUAUUUUUUAAUUUUUAGUGCAAUUUUUUUUUUGUCUUGGUUUUAUUUAUUAAUGAAAUGUUUAGCUUUUUAAUUUAGCAUGCAAUUUUUCGACAGUAUUUGAUUGAAGAUUUAUUCCAAAAAUGUAUACUUGUAGAGAAAAAUGCCUUUUUCACCUAUUUAUCGUAAAAUAAUCAAGCUUACAUGCAAAUUGUACUCUAUUGUAUUUUAAAUUAAGCUGAUUUUCAAAUAACCGAGCCGAAAAGAAUAGUUUUUGAUAUAUUGAAUUGCCACAAAAUAACUUAUAUGUUUGAAUUCAAACUCAAAAUAUAGCUCAAAUACACCUAAAAAAAACCUUGCAUAAUAUUGCAUGCUGAAAUAGACUGAUAAAAUGACUUAAAACUGUAUAUAUUUAUGACCCAUUAUUGUAUAAAUAAUUAAUAUAAGUAAAUUGAAUUUCUAGAAUGGUCUAGAAUGAUUAAGCGAUUGUUUACCGUUAGGUUUUUUUUUUUCAGUGAUAUCUGACUAAAUGAAAAACUUUCUACAGGUAAAAUUAUAGUAAAUGUACCUUUUUUCACAAAAACCGUUAAAUCUUGGUGCUUUUUUACAUAAUUGUAAAAAUACAUAUGUAUUUUUAAUGUAAUAUUACAGACUACAAAAUAAUUUGUAAAAAA